CAGACAAAUUAAUUGUAUCUCUCAAGAGAUGUUCUUGUGGCGUUCACGUCAAGUGGAGAAAUCUUAGACAUUACAAAAUCUCGGACGAAUCCUUGGUCGGUUUCCCUUCCAUUUCUCAGGAAUAUAUUCUUGUUUGUUAUAUUUCUUGGAUAAAUUUUCUCGCUUGAAUUUUGCCGGAAAAAUUUCUCAGAAGCUCCACCUCGAGGAAUUCAUUUCCCAGAUGAGUCUCUUUUUCAUUCUUGUUGUACGUGCAAGAAUAUAUAAUGUUUGUUUUGCAGCUAAUUUAGGGGCUUGUCCGUUUGCCUCUCUCUGAAUUGGGAUUUGUUUAUUCUCGGAAAAGCAGUAACUUAUCCUCAUUCGGAGAGAGAUAUUUAUUAAUAUUAGGUAUUACUUUUCUUUUCUUGAGGUUUGAUGAUUAAAAUUCAUUCUAUGAGGCUAAGAGAGGAACCCAUUUGAGCUUGAAGGGAGAAAGUUGAGAUUAUUGAAGUUAUUUUGUACAAAUUGAAACCAUUUGGGGGUGUUGUGAAAGAUUUGCUUCUGGGGUUAAUAGACUUAGCUUGUGCAAGAGUACUGUCCUGGUUUGUUUGAUUGAUAUGUGUAUUCUUGGGUGUAAGGAAGUGUAUUUCGAGUAAAAGGGAACUAAUGUUUUAGAGCUCUUUAUACUUUAUCGGUAGCCAUUUGAAAGUUGUGUGAUAUUGGUUGGUUAGGUUUGGAUUGAGAAGCUUUACGAAAACGUAGUUUCAAUACUCCGUCUUCUAGUUUUUGAUUUGUAUUAUUGGAUUAGAUCUUGACGUAGAAGUUACUGGAGUGAACCAUUAGGUUUGCUAUGGGAAAGCAAAGUGGGAAGAAAAAGAAACAGGAAGGAGGACAAUCAAGUGAUAAUAAUGCGAAGCAAACCACAGUUGGAGAUGAUAGCCCUAAGGACAUGGCAGUUUUCAUUUCCAUGUCGCAUGAAUUGAAGGAGGAGGGAAACAAGCUGUUCCAAAAGAGGGACCUUGAAGGAGCCAUGUUGAAAUAUGAGAAAGCCAUCAAAUUGCUCCCAAAAAAUCACAUUGAUGUGUCCUAUCUCAGGAGUAACUUGGCUACUUGCUAUAUGCAGAUGGGUCUGAGUGAGUACCCCAGGGCAAUUCAUGAGUGCAAUUUGGCACUAGAAGUUACACCCAAGUACAGUAAAGCACUGUUAAAGAGGGCAAGGUGUUAUGAGGCUUUGAAUAGACUAGAUUUGGCUUUGAGAGAUGUUACUACAGUUGUGAACAAGGAACCAAACAAUGUCACGGCGUUGGAAAUUGCAGAGAGGGUUAAAAAGACACUUGAGAAUAAAGGGUUGAGAGUGAAUGAUGCGGUAAUUGAAUUGCCUCCAGAAUACGUUGAACCUCCUUCUGCUUCACCUAUGCCAAAAGCUGCAAAAGAGAAGACGAGGAAGAAAAAGAAAAGCAAAAAAGUUGAGGAGAAGCAAGCCUCAGAGAUAAUUGAAGAGAGGCAGGUUGAUGAGAAAAUUGAGGAGAAGCAGGUUGACGAGAAAAUUGAGGAGAAUAAUGCUGAGGAUAAGGUGGUUGUGGAGGAGAGAAUCAGUAUUACAAAAGAUGAAGAGCCAAAGAAGACUGUAAAGUUGGUGUUUGGGGAGGAUAUAAGGUGGGCUCAGUUGCCACUUAAUUGUAGCCUCCUACAAGUAAGGGAAGUUAUACGUGAUCGGUUUCCAAGUUCAAGGGCAGUUCUUAUUAAGUACAGGGACCAGGAAGGUGAUUUGGUCACAAUUACCACAGAUGAAGAACUAAGAUGGGCUGAAGCAAUGGCAGAAUCACAGGGUUCAGUCAGGCUCUACAUAGUGGAGGUUAAUCCCAUGCAGGAUAUGUUCUUUGAGAGAUUUAUGCCUGAGGUGCACAACCUUGAUAUCAAACAAAGUAAUGGAGCUGAGAAUGGGAAUGUCGGUAAAGGCAAAGGAACAAAAAAUGGGUCAUGUUACAUUGAUGACUGGAUAAUUGAGUUUGCUAAGCUGUUUAAGAUCAACGUUGGGCUUGAUUCUGAUGCAUACCCAAAUCUUCAUGAACUUGGUAUGAAGGUAUACUCUGAGGCUGUGGAGGAUACAGUCACAAGUGAAGAAGCCCAAAGCCUUUUUGAUACAGCAGCAGAUAAGUUCCAGGAGAUGGCAGCUUUAGCACUAUUCAACUGGGGAAAUGUUCACAUGUCAAGGGCAAGAAAGAGGGUGUCCUUCACCGAAGAUGCUUCAAGGGAGUCUAAAAUUGAACAAAUCAAGACUGGAUAUGGUUGGGCCCAAAAUGAAUAUACAAAAGCAGGACAGAGAUACGAAGAAGCUUUGAGAAUAAAACCAGAUCUUUAUGAAGGUUUUUUGGCUCUUGGGCAGCAGCAGUUUGAGCGGGGAAAACUUUCUUGGUACUAUGCUAUUAGCAACAAUACAAAUUUGGAAACCUGGGCUUCCUUAGAGGUCUUACAGCUAUAUAACAGUGCUGAGGAAAACAUGGAAAGGGGAAUGCAGAUGUGGGAAGACCUGGAAGGGCUACGUCUGAGUGAACUUUCAGAACUCAAGAAUGUGAAACUUAAAAGCCAGUCCAAGACAAUGGGGCUGGAUGAUCUAUUUAAGGACAUAUCGGCAGAAGAAGCUACAGAGCAAGCCUCAAACAUGAGGUCCCAGAUUAACCUCUUAUGGGGCACCAUACGCUAUGAGCGAUCUCUUAUGGAAUUCAUGUUAGGGAUUCCAGUCUGGCAAGAAUGUUUGGAAGUUGCAGUUGAGAAGUUUGAGCUUGCUGGAGCUUCUGCAAAAGACAUAGCCAUAAUGAUAAAGAACCACUGUUCAAACAAUAAUGCUUUGGAAGGUUUAGGACUUAAAAUUGAUGAGAUGAUACAGGCAUGGAAUGAGAUGGAUGAAGCUAAGAAGUUUCAAAAUCGUGUGUGGUCAUUGCGAUUGGGACCAUUACUGCAACGGCGAGUUUCAAAAAUCUAUCACGCCUUGGAGCAUGUAUGAGUGGUGUGUUGUAAAGGAAAGCUGAAAAAAACAACGGCGGUGAAUUAACAUGUAGUGUUCCCAUCAACGUGAAUCUGUAGUCUGCAGAUGAGAUAGGUUUCUUUGUCUCUAGCUUUAAGGUUCAGAUUCAGUGCUGUAUUUUUAGCAGGAAAAGAACACGGUUGUAAAGAUUUGUAUAUUUGUUGUCAGAAAAUAGGUACUUCAAAUUCCUUUACACGGUUUGGAAAAAUGAAGUUCCAGAAAUUUCCGUUUUCAGGUUUUUCUGUCUAACAUUAAGCAGAGAGUUGUAUUCAUUUCAUUGUUAAUUCAUGGAGGAGUUGUUUUCUAUUGUUUGUAGGUACUUGUCUUGAGUAGUGAGAACUUUAUUUAUACUCUCAACAAUAUUUAUAAAACCAACAUUCCAUUUUUAUGUA